AUGCCUUUAGAACCGCGUCGGUGUAGACGUUACCCAGCCCAGCUGUUGUUGGUCAAACGGGUGGGUAUGUUUGAACCAGGCGGCCCGAAGCAUAAGGAGAAUGCCUCUUGCUUUGGCGCUUGUUUACAUGGGUGUGACUUGACGUGGCUCUCUGCUGUCCUGCUUCUGAGACUGGUGGCAGCAGAUUCAAGGCAAAAUAAGUUGUUGUUCUUUUAUGCUCAUUCAUCUCUGUCACUUUCUGCCAACAGUGUGUGGGUUUCUACAGACCACGAUGAAAUUGAGAAGGUUGCUAAGCAGUUUGGGGCUCAAGUUCAUCGCAGAAGCCGUGAAGUGUCUCAAGACUCCUCUACUUCUCUAGAAACUAUCAGAGAGUUUCUGAAUCAUCAUCAUGAGGUUGAUAUUGUAGGAAAUAUUCAAGCAACAUCUCCCUGUUUACAUCCCAGUGACCUUAUAAAAGUGGCAGAUCUGAUCCAGAAGGAGGGCUUUGAUUCUGUCUUCUCUGUUGUAAGAAGGCAUCAGUUUAGAUGGAGCGAGGUGAAAAAAGGAGAAAACAAAAUGACAGAGCCCCAAAACCUAAACCCAGCGAAACGGUACCGGCGACAAGAUUGGCCUGGAGAGCUGUAUGAAAAUGGCUCAUUUUACUUUGCUAAGAGGCAUUUGAUUGAGAAAGGCUACUUGCAGGGUGGUAAAAUGGCCUACUAUGAAAUGCGUGCAGAGCACAGCGUCGAUAUUGAUAUAGACAUUGACUGGCCGAUUGCGGAGCAAAGAGUGCUGAGCUUUGGAUAUUUUGGUAAAGAGCCAUUAAAAGAGGUGAAGCUCUUGGUUUGCAGUAUCGAUGGAUGCCUGACAAAUGGUCGCAUUUAUGUGACAGAAGAUCAGAAGGAAAUGGUCUCUUAUGAUUAUAGAGAUAUUGUUGGGAUUGAACUCUUAAAGAAGAGAGGAAUUCAGGUUCGACUCAUCUCUGAAAGAGAUUGCUUGAAAACACUGUCUGCCAUGCAGCUGGGAUGUAUAGCAAAAGUUAAUGCAACAAAUAAAUUACAAGUCCUAGAGGACUGGCGAAAAGAUAUUGCUUUGAGCUGGAAAGAAGUGGCUUACUUAGGUAACGAAGAGUCUGAUGUGGAGUGCCUAAAAAAUGCAGGCCUGAGUGGCGUCCCUGCUGAUGCUUGUACAGUUGCUCAGAAGGCUGCGGGCUACAUUUGUAAAAGCAACGGCGGCUGUGGAGCCAUCCGGGAGUUUGCAGAACACAUCUUCCUCUUGUUGGAGAAAGUGAACUCUGCGAGAAAGCAGAUGGAAGAAGUGACUUCAGUAGGAGAAAAACCUGGGGGAAGUGAUAACAGCAGGAUAGGAAAUAAGGAGCAAAUGAAAAAGAAAUAA